AUGGUGAUUUCAUGGCUACGCAACUCUGUAUCUCCCCAAAUAUGCUCGAGUGUCAUGUACCUCGACGAUGCCUAUGCGAUUUGGUUUGAUAUGAAGAAGCGCUUCUCUACAGGCGAUUCAGCUCGCAUUUAUCUACUCAGGCAACAACUCAUGUCUCUCUCUCAAGGAUCCUCUGAUGUCAAUACUUAUUUCACUAAUCUUCGGAUAGUAUGGGAUGAAUACAAAAACUCACAGCCUAUAUCCUGGUGUACUUAUGCUAGAUGCACUUGCGAUAGUGCUUCGAGGUGGAGUCAACAUCAAGAGAAUGAUUGCACCAUGCAAUUUCUCAUCGGCUUGAAUGCCUCUUUUUCUCAGCUCAGAUCUCAUAUACUCUCCAUGGUUCCUCUUCCUUCUCUAUCCAAGGUUUUCUCCUUGGUAAUUAAGGAAGAGAGGCAGAGACUUAUUGAUGGAAACAACUUCUCAUAUGUUCCUGCUCGAGCUCUAGUUCCUAGUGAACUUCCUUUUGCUAAUGCAACAGCUUCCUUUGGUAGAGGCUUGAAUAAAUUCCUAUGCUCUCAUUGUGGUAGGACCAAUCAUUCAGUUGAGAAGUGUUUCAUUCUCCAUGGUUUUCCACCUGGCUUUGGCAAAGGGAAGGGAAAAUCACAACAAUCUGCUGGAUCUUCUGGUUUUGUUGGGAACUCAAAUCCUCACCAACAACGUUCUGUUAAUUUUGUUGAGGAUACUACUAAUAUGCCAAGUAUUGAUCAAUAUCAACAGCUUAUCAAUCUCUUGCAAAGCCAUAAACUCUACAAUUCCUCCACUCCAGUCACCCCAGCCAAUGACAAUUCUGCUCAAUCCUCAGCUUAUGCCUCAAACAAUUUAUCUAGUACAGUUUUCUUCACUCCUUGCAUAAAUUCUAUUUCAUCUUCAUGCUCUAGUUCAUCCACUUUGAUCCCAGAUACAAGGGCUACUCACCAUGUAUGUUAUGAUCAAUCUCUCUUCAAUUCUGCCUCACCAAUAUCAAAUGCUUCAGUAAAUCUCCCAAAUGGUAAUGCAGCUCCUGUCACUCAUCGAGGUACUGUAAAACUCACCUCUCUCAUCACACUUUCAUCAGUCUUACAUGUACCCUCCUUUUCCUUCAAUAUGAUCUCAGUCAGUGCACUCACCCAAAAUUCAUCUUGUACUAUCAUAUUUACUCACAAUAGCUUCCAAAUCCAGGAAGCUUUACUGGGGACAGUAAUUGGGAGGGGUAAUCGAAUUGGGAACCUCUACAUUUUUUAG